AUGCCUCAUGCUAACAUAUCAGACCGUCAAGGUCAACGCAGGAGACCGUUUUCGACAUGGGUUAAGAAACUCACCAACUUCAAAUCAUCCGAUGGUGAACGUCAAAAGAGACACAAGAAACGCAGCCACAAGAAGAACAAUCCCUACCCGGAAUCUGGACAGGUCGGCAACGGUGUAACCAACGGAACAAGUGCAUGCACUUUCACCACUACACAGACGGGUACAAGCAAUACCAGUGUGGAUCGAUCCACUCGGACAUCCCGAGAAGAUCAGGGACCGCCAACGAUCGGACGUGGAAGUGUGGCCGGUACGGUGUUGACAGAUCAUGAGGCCUCCCAUUCACUCAUGGCACCCAGCCAUAGGGCAAGCUCUGUCGCUGGAACGAGCCGUACCGUUGGUGGAGGAGUUGAUUCUAGGAGGGGGGGAGACAGUACAUUUUCAAGUCCAGCACCAUCCGUGAGGUCUUUGACGACGACCUUGACUACGAUACAGUCGAUGGCGCCUAACGGGGCUGGGCAACCUCAGAAUCAUGCUUCACAACACCAUGGCAACACGCAGUCUAUUCAAUUCACCCAACCCUUCCCCACUGCAGGAACGCCAGCGUCGGCUAUCCCGCCCCAUUUGGCGCCAACUGGCAACCCAACGACUUACACGUCUGCAACCGCCAACAAUCUGCUAACAGAUAACGCAUCUAUCCUGACUUUGGCGUCAUCAAGUAAGCGACGACGAAGGCGUUCUCUCGAUACGGAUGCAUCUGUGCGUGCUCUUGCACCUUCGUCACUUUGGGGUGGAAGUCGUGAAAGUUUACCACUUAGUGUUUUGAGUGCGAACAUCGACCCGAUGGGCAUGCCUACUACCCCCGGUAUUCACGGCAAUCCUCGAAUGGCAACAGAACGCACGAGCAUUUACUCUGCAACAGGUGUUGGGCCUGCGAUUUCUGGAGAUAGAAACAGUUAUUAUGCCAAGCAAGGAGAUGCUGCAAGUGUUCGAAGUGGGCUACUUGGCCAUGGACGAGCUGAGAGCGUGAGUGGCAGCAUUGGGGGUCUGAGCAGUCCUCUGAUUACGCCACGAGAGGUAUUCAACGAGAAAAGCGAGAAUGAGAAAGAAGAUACCCCUGUGGCUUCUAGAACGAAGGAGGCAUGA